AUGUCUGAAGGGUACGGCGACUUUUCCGACGCCAGCGUCAACGCGAACCCGCGCUUGAGCUUUUGCGCUGACACUAGACUUUUCUUCAUUUGCAGGACCCUCGCAUCGGCAGUUGCCGUGCCAGAGCAGGAUCAUGAACGCCAAUCGCCUGAGGUUUCCGCGAAACGAAGACAAUCCUCGGUAUCGGAGCACGAAACAAAGCGGCGCCGCCUAAGUUCGCAAGGCGAUAUCUCCCCGCAUGCCCAGCGACAGCGGCAUUCGCCACCGGCGCCAGCAGCUGAACGAAGGCCUCCCAGGCAAGGCCGCGAAGAGGACCGCAAGCGGGGGCAGCGGCUGUUCGGCGCGCUGCUGGGCACACUCUCGCAGAGCUCCACCUCGGCGGCGCAGAAGCGGCGUGCUGAUAUUGAGAAGCGGCAGCAGGAUAAGCUGAAGUCUCAGGCUGAUGAGUAUGAUGGGCUGAAGAAGCGUCGGAAAGAACGUCGCGCUCUGAUUCGGAGGAAAGAGCAGCCAUUCUACGAACGGGAGGCUCUGCAGACUCGGCAUUCGAACUUGACUGCCGCGGCGCAUUUCCUGAAGACCCGAGCAGAACCAGUCUUAGUUCGUUACGCCCGCCCUUACCAUCUAGAUUCAAUGGCUAACUCCAGUGUCGUGCAGUUCUAUAAGCCGUGGCAGUUACGAGCUGGUGAUGAAGCGGUGAUACAGGAACAAAUCGAGGAAGCCGAAGCGACAGUUAUUCGGGAAAUUGCCGAAUUUGAUGCCCGAUAUCCACCCGAGGCCUUCGUGGUCGAGAAAAUAGACCCAAUAUCGCAGGAAUCGGCCGGACCUCAGGGAGACUCAGAUGGAGCACAGCAGCAGGCUGAGCUCGCCUCGGCGCAACCCUCGGCCCCAGAGCCUGCGGCAAUUGCAAAAGAGCCCGAGGAGACUCAAGUGAAAACAGAUGCAUAUCCUCGUCAAGAGCUAAGCUCUGAGCCCACUAAAACCGACACAGUACCUACCAGCGAGGACGAUGCUGCUGAUCCGAAGGAUGCUCACCGGGGCCACCACGACGAUGAUGGCGGUGAAAUGAUGGAAGAUAACGAGGAUACCGUGAUUUACUAG